AUGGAAGUUGAAACAUCAUCCGCAUCCGCAUUCGCAUUCCCAGUACCUUCAUCAACCAUCGCCCCAAUGGUUGAUGAUACAAGUACCACGCCGGGAUUCUUUUCCAAUCAAGCAGCGGUUUCACAACAAAACGCUGGUAAUCCUCCAUCCUUUGGUCUCAUCGUCCCUGGCGGUCCAGUUCUGACUGAAUUCGCUCCAAUGGAUGCGACGGGGACAAAGUUUGCCAUGACACUUUCAAGUCCUGGCCAAUUGCCUUCCCCACUGACUUUGGUCAAUGAACUAGUCUGUUUCCUGACGAAUCCACAAUCAUUACCCCCAAAUCAUGGAGUGCUGUUAUACUGGCAACUGAGUUUUGCGCAAGAACAAUCGGGAUUUGAAUUGCUGGGGUCCUUGACUCCCGAUCGGCCUUCGGAAAUUCUUCGGACGGGUUGGAGUGAACACUCUCAAUUCAUGGUCGUCGGACCUAAUGAGCCAGCCCAAGUCACUAUUGGACUCUCGAUCGAGCCCAUGGACAGUGUUCGAAACUUAGCAAUGACCACCACCGACACCCACAAUCGAUCCAAACGACCACUGGUAGCCCAAAAGAUUGCCCAAGAUCUCUUGAACUUUAUGAAUUCCUUUGACUCGGGUGCCUCGGGACCGUCUCAAAUGGUAGUGCCCAAGAAUAUCUUUGAGAGGUGGUGGCAGCGAUUCGAAAACAAAUCUAGGAGGGAUCCAAACUUUUUUAUGAAAAUUGCGGAUUGA